AUGGUUUUUAGGUUCGAUGAAAAGGAGGAUAUAUCUUCAGUUACUAAUGCCAAAAACUCAAGAGCGAAAGCAAUUAGAAAAAGGGUUUGCGAAGAUUAUGACUUUGAUGUAGAAAUUAUGGACCAAAUCGUACCCAAAAAAGAUACUUUGAAAGUGGUGAAAUGUCAUGAGCAUAUAGAGUUAUUUGCCGAUACACAGGGGGAUGUACUGUUUUUCUGCCAAAGAGACGGUCCUUUUAUUCCCAGUCUGAAGCUACUUCACAAGUAUCCGUUUAUGCUUCCACACCUCCAAGUCGAUCGUGGUGCCAUAAAACACGUGUUAAAUGGAUCAAAUAUUAUGUGUCCCGGACUGACUUCCCCCGGGGCUCGGAUGACACAAGUACCUCAGGGAUCUGUGGUUGCCAUAAUGGCUGAAGGGAAGGAACAUGCCUUGGCGAUCGGGAUAACUUCUAUGUCUACGGAUGAAAUACUCAGUGUAAACAAAGGCAUUGGCGUAGAAAACGUUCAUUACUUGAAUGAUGGACUGUGGAGAUUAAAGCCAGUGAGGUGA